AUGCUAACCAUCUCCAGGGUCCAACUAGGAGAGUUAGGACUAGAAGGGAAGCUAGAGACUCUCAAAUUCUCAGCUCUGCCAUCACUCGGAGUUCUUAACCUCAGUUAUAACCAUCUGCAUGGAUCCAUCCCUGCAGCCAUUUCAGCUAUCUCCAAGCUCACCAUCCUUGAUCUAUCUACCAACGGUCUCACAGGCAUCAUCCCAUCAGAGCUUGGUAAUUUGACAAGGCUUAAGACCUUGCUUCUCGAUCAAAAUCAGAUAAGUGGCUCCAUACCUUCUUCUUUAGGAAAGCUUAUGAACCUAAAUUGCCUUAAAGUAUCAGAGAACAGAAUUAGUGGACUCAUACCUUUAGAAAUUGGCCAAUUGUCAAAGCUACAGUUUCUCAACAUCUCCUCUAAUAACCUGGUGGGAAAGAUCCCAAAGGAGCUUGGCAAUUUAUCACAUAUAUUUCACCUAAACAUUAGCAACAAUAAUCUCACAAGAACAAUACCACCAGAAUUUGGUGAUCUAUCUUCAUUAGAAGUUCUAGAUCUCUCAAGCAAUAAUUUGACAGGAGAGAUACCGAUAUAG